UGAGUUUGUAAGGAAUGAUUGAAUUUGUUCCAUAAAAAAUCACCAUUCCGUUCAAUCAUACGACAAAUAGCCGCACUGGACACCGGCUUUCGAUGUGCAUUCGAAUAAUCAACCCUCGCUUCGCCCUUUUCCACCCCCCGAAACACCCACCAAAAACGUAAACAAAGCGCCCUUCAGUUGCGUACUGUUGUUGGUGAUUGUUGGACCCCGAAAGCAGGAAAUACAGAAACGUUUCAAGCUCUUAUCACCUGAGUUGGCCGGUGCGUACACCCAAUGAAACGCACGCCGAUAACAUGAGAUGCGGAAAUUGGGCCAAAGGCAGCGUUUACGCAAACCGAAAAACGUUGCUGUGGACGUUCCAGCAGCACAACGCACACGUCUCCAAGUUGACAGGGAUCGUUACCUCCGGUUUCGGUUGCUAACUAUCAUGUGAUACAUAUCGCGCGUACACAACACGGCACGGCAAAACGUCGACAUCGGGUUGCAGCGUUUUGGUUUAAUGGUUUAAAAACCGAGAUCCGGGUCUGUGGCGCUCGGGAUUCGGCUCUGGAUGGCGAACUUUAAUCAGAUGCCCAUUGAGAUUUUGGAACAGAUAUUUGACCACCUAGAUUACCGCUCGCGACGCAACCUGACUCUGGUAUGUCGACGAUGGAACGCAGUGCUUCUGUCGGAUCGGUUCAUUGCCCGCAAUGUAACGCUCAUCCUCAAUGGGUCCCGUAUGUCCUGGCUCCACAAGCACAACUUCCAUCGUGCCUAUCCAAAUCUGACGCUCCAGCUGGACAGCACAAUCGAGGGAGAAGCGUCCAAAGGGCUCCGCCUGCUCCCGACGCUCUUUCCUGACCCCUCCACUGUUUGCUUACGGCUGGAUUUCCCUUCCGAACCGGUCUGGGUUGCCUUUUGUCGAGAGCCGUUCGUCAACCUGGCCACAGUACAAACGCUUCACCUGACGGGCAGAUUUCGUCUGGCAUCGCGUCGCGUUUUAUGCCUUUGCCUAGAAGAGCUACGGACGCUCCAGCUAGACUACCCCUACGCGAGCGAUCUAAACCUGGUGGCGCCCAAACUAUCCCGUCUGCAUCUGCACGUGCUGCUAAACGAGCAUAUCGAUUUUCUACAACGCUUUAUCGACCAGCUCCGCUCACUCACCGUCGUGUUCGACGCGAAGGAAAGCUACAACUUCUACAGCCUGCAGCCGGUCGGGUUGUACGAGCUUGUGAUCGAUCGGCGUGACAAGGGCAUGACGAAGAGUGAGCGGAACGCUAGCAUAGCAUUCUUCAAACGGCUCCACCAACUACGGCGGCUCGAGCUGCGGGUGAAGUUUAUCGACAGCGUUGUGCUGCACACGAUCGCGGACAGGCUGGGGCAGCUCCUCCACCUGUCGCUCCAGGUGACCGAGGGUACGAUCGAGCUGAAGCACAUCGCGAACCUGACCCGGCUGGAAACGCUGCGCAUAGUGGCGGGCCGGGUGAAUCUGCAGCAUGUGCACUUGCCGGCGCUUCGCUCGUUCGAGCUCGGCUCGGACGAACUGCCCGGGACGUAUCUCGAGGGCAUCGAGGGACUGAUGGCGUUCCAUCGGCUGUGUUCGUUGACACUGAUCAAUGUGAAGAUCUACCCGGAGGUGCUGCAGCUCACCCCGACGUACAGUGUGGAGCGGAUGGUUCUCGCCCAUUACCGAAGGAUCGACGAGACUCACCUGCAGAUACUGGUCAAACGAUUUCCGGCCUUGCGCUGGCUGCGCAUUAGCCACUGUCACGGGCUGUACAAGCGCGAAAUAGACAAGCUGAAGCGAAUGCUGCCCGAUCUGGCCGUAGCAUUCGAUGAGGUUAAAAGUGAUAGAAUUUGAGGUAAUCGAAGUAGAGGUAGGACCUCGAUUUAAGUGUUCGGGAUGGGCCCUUAGACUACAGUGUGCCAAGAGUAAGAUUUCAUCUAGAAGGUUAAUCGUUAAUGUUAAUUUAUUAAAAAAAAGUCAAUAGCGUAAUAUCGCGUGGUAAAGUUGGUUCAGUUGGAACGCCAUUUUUUCUCAGCCGAUGGGGCGAAUGUGUCGGACGGGAGCGAUUGCAGCUCCCGGCAGACCGCUUUCGUAAUCGUAGACGCUAGCCCGAACUCUUCCAGCUCGCGUAUUUGUUCGUGCAGGUUCGGCACAGGGACGGUGGCAAUCAGCUGCAAAUGAAGGUGAACAGUAAAAAGACGGUAAAAUAUGGAAACCAUCGUCCAUCUCAGCCUUCCCCGCACGAUCCUUACCUUCUUGAGCGCCUCGCUCUGCUCCUCGUCGGUAAAUCCAAGCAACACUGCGGCCAUACUGAUCCGGCUCACGUUCACGCAGACGUCCGCAAUCUCGAGCAGGUUCAGCCGGAACGAGAUCGGACACUUUUGCACCAUCACGAGCGAGCGGGCGAGCAGCGCAUCCUCGGCGAGCGACUGUUCCCGGUUGGCGCUGCGGAACGGUUGCUUGAUCAGCAGCUCCCAGGCCAUCCGGUAGCCCUCGAGCCCGAACAGCUGCCGGUGCGCCGUGACGAUAUCGAUCAGGGCGCGCAGAUUCGCCACCAACCCCAGGCGGGACAUCUGCUUCAGGAUGCCGUUCCAAAUCUGGGGCACGUAGAUGUCGUACCCGAUGCAGAUGAGCGACAGCACCUCGAGCCCCUUCGGGUUGGUCGCGUGCGACUGCCAAAGCAUCUUGAGCAGCGCCAUCUUGUCCGUCUCCUCGAACCGGGCGACCGAGAUCGUGUGCAGGCCGAGUGCCUUCAGCAGGUGGACACACUUGAGCGCCACGUACCGGCGCUGGGUGAAGAACUCCCGGUAGGUGGUACAGUUGUCGUCGGCCAGCCGGCUGAAGCACUGGUAGAUCUGCAGCUGCUUGCUGACGUCCGACGCGCCGUGCGACGCGUCGAGGCUGGAGUUGAGUUCGGCCACCAGAAAUUCGACGCUCUUGGAGCGCUGCCAGCUGCUCAGGAUGUAGUACGCCCGCGCCAUACACUCGUGCACGUUCGAUUCGUCCUCCUGGCUCGCGUCGGACACGUUGUGAUCGUCGUACAGCGUUUCCUCCAGCAUGCCGCUACCGUUGUGGAAACCGUCGGCUGCCGAUGCUGCGGCCGCCACCAUGCCCGAACCGCCGAACAUGGUGAGCCACUUCUGCAGCAGCCCCAUCUGGAUGGCCUCCACGUCGAGCCCGUGCAGCUCGCCGAUGGUGGUCGCGAGCUCGUUCACCUUCACCGUCUGGAAGCAGGACUCGGUGUACAGGGCCUGGAUGAGCUCCUGCGGGUUCUUCACCAGCUGGAACUGCUUCUCGUCUGUGACACCGUUCUGCUGUAACAGUUGCUGCGUUUUCAGCACCGGAUACUUGCGGUAGAUCUUCUCGAUCUUGUCCUUCGCCUCCGGAAUGCCGCUCAGGCUCGACUCGUGCUUGCGGGCAAACUCAUAGCAGGCGUACGCGGCGUUCACCUGAUCGUCCCCAUCGAGCGCGUUGCAGGUGAUGUAGUACAGGAUGUACAGCUUGGUCGACAGAUCCCACACACUGUCCACGAUACGAAGUAUCUGCGUCAUUUGGGGGAAAACAAUGCAAAUUAGUAGAAAGUUUGUAUGGUUACACUUACCCUUUUGAUUGUUCCACUUACCGACUGCAAGAAUGCCCUGUUCUUUGACUGCCGGUGCCAUUCGGAAUGGGGCGAUUUUUCUCUGUUCUGUAUCUUGUACUCGUUGAUCGAGUUGAUGACGGCCGAGCGGCAGAAGUAGUCGUUCAUCUCGCGACAGUCCAGUCCUUCCGCGGUCGCCUUCAUCGACACCAGCACCAGCAGCUUGUGGUAGUUCUCGACCGUAAUGUCCUCCUUCAGCAGCGUCUUGAGCGGUUGGCGCAGAAUCAGCAUGAACGGGUACCGGUACUUGGCAAUUUCCGGCAGCAUGUCGCCAUCGGAGUGCACCCGCAUCCAGGCCUCCAGCUCGGCCUGCCCGGGUCGCUGGCGACGCCGCCCGGUCAGCUGCUCCUUCAUGUAGGUCAGUAUGUUGCCCCACGCCACGACGUCAUCCUUCGUCUCGCCGUACUGCGCAAGGAUGUCGAAGAUGCAGAAGAACUGCUCGUAGAAGUAGCCGUUCGCCUGCUCCAUGUACUUGGUGAGCUUGGAGCAGAGCAGCAGCUCGUUGUCGAUCUCGGCCAGGUACGGUUGCACCAGCGCUUGCAUCGCGUCGGCCGUUUCGUUGAUUACGAUCUCCUCCUGCCCGUACAUGCCGGUGCGCACGGUGAACGACAGCUCCUGCUGGCCGAGCAGCGUGAUGACCUGCGAGACGAGCAUCUGCUGGUAGUCCCAGCUGAACGCGUCGCUCAUCUUGCGCAGCAGCUCCACGUUGAUCACCUUGUGCUUGAGCUCCUUCAUCAGGUCGGACUGCGAGUGGAAGAUGAAGGACUUCUUCGCCUUGAGCGAGGGGUCCAGCUUGCACAGCUCGUGGAACAGUGUGUAGCGCAGCCGCUGGUUGCGCUCCUCCACCGCCUUCGCUUCCUGUCCGAUCGUGAAGUAGUAGAAUUCCAGCAUCGUAUGGAGCGCGAUGCGUUGCGAUUCGUUCGUCAUGUUGGUGCGCAAAUACUCCAGACAGGUUUCGCGGUUCUCACACGUGAAGAGCGUC